UAGAAAGAGAGGGGGAGCAUGUGAGGUAGAGAGAGAGUGAGGUAGAGAAAGGAGACAGAGAGGAAGAGUGAGCACGAGGAGAGAAAGAGCAAGUGAGAGAGAGAGAAGGAAAGCGAGUGAGAGUGUUCAUUUCACUUCCUAAUCGGUUUUCCUGGGGAUCUAUCAUCGACUGCAGAAGAAAAGAAAGAGGCAUGAUAGAAUAGAUUUCUGCUCUUAUCUUCUCUGGUUAAGGACCUAUUGCACUUUUUACAAAGACACUUAUUCACCACACAGAGCUAACAACAAUGGAGACAGCCCUUUCCACCCCCAAUAAUAUCCAGAUAUGUGAGGUGACCUGCGAUUCCUUCCGCAUCGCCUGGGACAUGACCCCUGAGGAUACUGCCAGGGCCACACACUUCUUCAUAGACCUGAGCCGCAAAGAGGGCAGGGAUCCCAACCGCUUCAAACACAGGGAUGUGCCCACCAAACUGGUGGCCAAGGCAGUGCCUUUACCCAUGGCAGUGAGAGGUCAUUGGUUCCUGAGCCCACGGACAGAGUACUGUGUUGCUGUGCAGACUGCAGUGAGACAGGCAGACGGAGAGUACCUGGUGUCUGACUGGAGCCAGGUGGUCGAGUUCUGCACAGGGGAUUAUGCCAUGGACCACCUCAAACAGCUCCUUGGUAAAGCACAGGGUUCUGCUGGAAGAUUGCUGCGGUUCUCUGUGUUCUAUCGCAACCAGCACCCUGACUACUUCCACUAUGUCAGAACUGAGUGCGGGGGGUUGAUGCGCCCAGCCCUGAAAGACAAUAGUGGAAGUCAUGGCUCCCCUAUCAACAGCAAACUGCAGGGAGUCUUCCUCAGCUGCAACACUGAGUUUGACACAGGUCUUCCUCCAAACGACUCCCCCUACGGCCCCCUGCGUUUCCAGAUCCCGGCCGGGAACCUGCUGAAUCCCAACACCAAUCUUUACUUUGCUGACUUCUACUGUAUGUACACAGCCUACCACUAUGUGGUGUUGGUACUGGCCCCUUCUGGCUCAGAGGGGGAUAACUUCUGCCGUAGUAGUCUCCCACUGCUGGACCUGACUGCCAACCCCUUCCUGACAUACAUCCCCCCCCAGAGGCAGGGAGAAGACCCCCUGUUCUGCCACGCCAGUGAUGUCAUCCUGGAGGUGCUCUACACAGAGCCGCUGUAUCUGGAGCAGGGCAGUGUGCUGGAGAUUAGUGGCCACCACCAGAUGAGCCAGACCACGGCCAACGCCAAGAAGGACCCCAGCUGCAAGGUGUGCAACAUCAGUGUGGGCCGCUGAGAGAACUGACAGGACUGACAGGGUUUAGAGAACAGUGAGGAUGUAUAUCGCCAUCGUUGCAACAACAACAAAAUAACUUGAUAAAUGGGCUGAGUGAUUUAAUCCAGUGUGAGGGACAGUAACACAACUGGGACAGCCCAUCUCUUGGAGUAUGUGCAUGCUGCUUCCCCCGUCCCUCCACAUCACUACUAGAAUUGCAAAUCUCCAUUAGCCUCUGUAUUAGCCUCCACUGCUGGAGAAAGCUGAGAUGUACACGUUGUAUUUGUCAAAUAACAUUACGUAAGAUAUACAUUUCUGUCUUCUCCUUACAGUACCUGUUGGUCUUAAGAGGAUUCCAAGAUGUCUUAUACCUAAAAACACACUGUCAAUUUGAAAACUUUCAAACAUGAUGUUAUUCCGUUAAUUCUCAUAAGUGAAUAAUAAAGAUUUUAUUUGACUGUAGGAUGUCAUUUGGUAUA